UCUUCAGGAUCUCCGCCCGAAUUUUUUGCUCCGUUUUAUUCGGCGGAUGACGAAGGUUUACCCGAACGCUCCCUCGGCCGAAUCUCCGUCCACUCCGCCGUCAGAUUUGACGGCGGACAAGGAGGAGGUGAUGACGGUGUGGAGAAAGUCGCUGCUUUUCAACUGCCAGGGGUUCACGGUGUUCGACGGAGAAGGGAAUCUCCGUUUCCGGGUGGAUAGUUACUCCGGAGGGCGAAAUGACGAGAUUGUCCUCAUGGAUUCUUGUGGAAAGCCCCUCUUUAGUAUUAGAAGAAAGAGACUGAGUCUAACCGAGACCUGGCUAAUCUACGACAAGGAAGAGACGGUCGAGCCCCUCUCUUCGGUAAAGAAGCACGUGACCCUCCUCCCCUCCAAAGGGCUCGCUCACGUGACCCCUUGCCGUCCACGUAGCCCUCACUCGUAUUCCGUCGAGGGCUCGUAUGCGCAGCGUAGCUGUACGGUCUACGACGGCCAACGGAACACAGUGGCGGAAAUACGAAGAAAGGAGGCCCCUAAAGGCGUUGCCCUCGGUGGCGACGUAUUUCGCCUCGUGGUUCAGCCGGGGGUAGAUUUGUCAUUUAACAUGGCGAUGGUCAUCGUGUUGGAACAGAUGUACGGAUCGUAGAUGGUAGAGAUACGGUGUAUACCAAGGGCGUGCAGAGAGAGGCUGUACAUGUAUGUGCAUCUUGAAUCAUGUGGUUGGAAGAAUUUUUUUUUUUUUUUU